AUGAAUCCUCCAGCGAAAAAGAUCCAGGCCUUCUUCCGCCCCAAGCACCCCCUCAAAUCCACAAACAUCCACCCCACCUCCUCCUCCACAUUCACCUCCGACCCCUUCGAGCCACUCCCGCCCAGCUCCCUCCCGCCCAGCUCCUCCCGCGCGCCCACACCGCGCAUCCUCGCCGUCGAGAUCCCGCCGAGCAUCCUCCGCCCCGUGGCCUUCCGCGUCUUCACCAAGAAACACAACCUCACGCUCAAGUCUGACGCGCUGGCGCUGCUAUGCGCGUUCGUGGGGCGCCGCUGCGGCGCUGACUGGCGCGACUCGGGCACGGGGGAGCGGCUGCUGGAUGAGAUUGCGAGGCAGUGGAAGCGGAAUGAGGGUGCGCAGGGAGUGCUGGUGGAUGGCGGGGAGGCGCUGAAGGGCGUUAUCAGGGGGAUGGAGGUGCCGGGUGCGGGGUCCGCGGGGGCGGGGGAUCUGUUGAGGGUCGGGGCGGUGAGGGGGGAGGAGUGGGAUUUGGGCAGGGGCGUGGAGAGUAGUCAGUUGUGGGGUGCCGAGGUGGAGGCGCAUGUUGCGGCGGCGGCGGGCGGUGGUGCGGGGGUGUUGGAUGUGGAAGGCGGCGUGGAUGGGAAGAGGUUUUUGAAGGUUGUGGAUGCGUUUGCGAUGCCGAAGUGGGCGUAUAAUCCGCUGAAGCGCGGGUUUGAAAAAGCACCAAAACCCACCCUCCUCCCCCCCGCCUCCGCGAAAACAACCCUCUUCCGCACCCGCUGCACCCUCCUGCACCAGCGCCUCCUCCGCACAGAACUCUUCCUCCCCCCCACCUUCCUCGCCGCCACAAAGGCCACCGCCCGGGAGCAGCACAAGCUCACCCCCAUCUCCAACCUGCUCGGCCGCGCCGGACAGAACUUCCUCCUCUUCGGCAUGCUCGCCGUCAACCCCAGCGGCGUGCUCACCCUCAUCGACACCUCCGGCGAGAUCGUCCUCGAUCUGUCCAUCGCCGUCGCCGUCCCCGAGGACGGCAGCUGGUUCGCACCAGGCUGCUUCUGCAUCGUCGACGGCGCGUUCGAGGAGAAUAGCAAGUUCACGGUCUAUACCGUGGGCCAGCCCCUCCCGGAGCGCCGCGAUGCGAGCGCGGAGGUGUUUGGCCAUGUGGACUUCCUUGGAAAUGGCGUUACGCUGGAUAUGGGUGUUAAUUUUGGUGAUGGUGGCGGCGGCGGCGGCGGCCAGCAGGGCCGCGCGAUGCGGAGGGCGGAGAGUGAGGAGGGCGUGAGGAUGGUGUUUUUGGGCGCUGUGGAGCUCGAUGGGAAGGGCGUCCUGGAGGGGCUGAGAAGGGUCUUUGAGAUACUGGAAGAGGCGCCGCCGCUUAUGAUUAUGCUUAUUGGCUCGUUCACGAGCAUUGCGAUGGGUACGAAUGGUGGCAGCGUUGCAUAUAAAGAAUAUUUCGACCGCCUCGCGUCGCUGCUGGCGGACUUUAAGGCGCUGACAGAGGCGUCGACGUUCGUGUUUGUGCCGGGCGACAACGACCCGUGGGCGAGCACGUUUUCGGGCGGGUCGUCGGCGGCGCUGCCGCGAAAGGCGGUGCCCGAGAUGUUUACGGGGCGGGUGCGGCGGGUGUUUCAGGGGGCGGCGGCGGGCGGCGAGGCCGUGUGGACGAGUAAUCCGUGCCGGGUGGGGUACUUUACGCAGGAGGUGGUGGUGUGUAGGGAUGAUGUGGUGGGGCGGUUGAGGAGGAAUGCGGUGGGGUUUAGGAGGGGGGAGGGGGAGGGGGAGGGGAUGGAUUUGGAUGUGGAGGAGGGAGGGAAGGAAAAGGAGGGGGGGGGGGGAAGGGAGGAGGAGGGGGAGGAGGAGAGGGAGGAGAGGGAGAGGGAGGGGGUCGUGGUGGAUGAGGAUGUGAAGGGCGCUAGGAAGCUGGUGAAAACAAUCCUCGACCAGGGCUACCUCUCCCCCUUUGCGCUCGGCACGCGCCCCGUGCUGUGGGACUACUGGCACGCGCUGAUGCUCUACCCGCUGCCCACGGCGCUGGUGCUGUGCGAGCCGGCGAUGCAGCCGUUUGCGCUCACAUACGAGGGGUGCAAUGUCAUGAACCCUGGCAGGCUCGUCGAGCGCAGGAGGGUCAGGUGGAUCGAGUAUCGGCCUGCUACGGGGAGGGGGGAGGUCAAGGAGAGUUCGUUUUAG